AUGGCCACUAGAGCAGGGCGACAGAUGACGGAUAUAGCGGGGCUUUGCAGUGACGAAGCUAGGGCCAUCGAAACGCUCAAGGACAUUUUGUCCCCAAAGUCGACGGGAACCCUAGUCAAGAGGUCUGGCUCUCUGUGGAGGUAUGCUGCAUUUUUGGCGGGUCGAGGGGUCACUUCACCGUUUGCGGCUGACGAGGCUAACCUCUAUUUGUAUUUGCAGAAGCUUAAGAAGGAAAAGUGCACCAGUACGGCAUCCGUCCUUUUGGAGGCGAUGCGAUUUGCCCACGGCAUGUUCGGAUUCCUUAAAGUCACCCUUGCCGAGCUCGAUUCCCCCAGGGUAAAGGGAGCUGCGCACUCCAUGUUUGUUCAGAAGAAGGCAAGGUCGCAGGCUCCAGCCAUCCCGGUGGACGUCGUGAAGAAACUGGUUGUACAUGCAGGAGACCCAGCAGAAGAGCCUCAUGUGUCGAUGAUCGCAGGUCAACUCUUGAAGUGUGUUUUUGGGGUUGGAAGAUGGAGCGACUUCAGGAGUGCAGGGGGUCUCGAGAUAGAUGAGUUUGAGGGCACGGUGAUGUGGACCAUGUGGACUACAGAUCAUAAACCCGCUCAGACCAAGGAGGCCAAGACCCGCUUGCUACCCUUUUUAGGCCUAGGAUACUGGCCGGGCUUCGGGGACUGGAUCAGCACCGUGGUCGACAACCAGAUCGCGGCAGGCUUAGAUCAGUGGUUGCCCUCUUGGAACCAUCACAGCUCUACUUGGAAUCCGUGGCUCAUGAGUUCAUCCGAAGCUACCGCCUGGUUGAGAGAGUUUGCGGAGCCAGUGGUGGGGCCGGAAGUGCUCAAGAUGAUAGAGAUGAUCGCAGUAGGUUCAUAUCGACCGGACGAUCCUCCGGCGGCCCGACUGAGGGCCAUGGCGGGAUCGAGUCAGGACAAUCGGGAGCAUCAGGGUGAGUUGGCUGAAGAGCAACACAUGCGAGCUGCGAAUCAGAGCUCCUCGUCCGAUGAUGACGAGGAGGCAGAACCUAAGGAAGUCAUCGAGGUUCAGAGAGAACCUCUCCCGGUGGAGGCCGGGGCCUAUGCCUGGUUUCGGCACCGGGUCAGCAGCAUAGUGCACAUAGCUUCCGAUUCCCGCGGUCAUCGUUUGAGGGUCAUGCCGAACGCUCCGAUUGAAGUGUUGGCUUGCAAGGAGAUGUACGAUGGAGGGAUCACCACAUUCGCAGGCCUCGCCUUUUGCACCCCGCAUCAGGCGAACGCAGGCAUCGAUGAUGCUGCCCUGAUGAACCAUGUUAACGGGCUGCUUACUCAUGCUUUGACUCCAACGGCAGUGGCGGGUCUUAGGCGCCUGGCCUUUGAGGCCCAGGCGCUUGCCCUUCAGGAUUUGAAAACCAAGCUCGAGAGCCCAGCCGAGCACGAGCCAAAGGUUCUUCCGCUCCAGGAGAAGAUGGCCCGGCUCACGAGGCAGAAAGAUCGUCUUGUGGGGGUAGUGCUCACCCCUCACAAUACUCCCAGCCACGCCUUAAUAGACAAGGAGAGCUCACAGUUGGAGGAAGGGUCUCUCCAGUGGAUCCAUCCCAACAAGUGCACCUCGCGACACUCUGAGGCUCUCUCGGAGAAGCCUCAGACUUCUUUGUCAUUCGAUUCCAAGGGGUCCAUCAAGGUAAGUAAGGCAUCGCACGAUACAGAGUGUGAUACAAGCAGCGCUCACCUCUUGAGGGUGGCCCUCCAGAGGCGAGCUUUGGCCUAUGACGUGGCCAAUCUCUCCAGCUUCAACGUUAUGGAGAAGUGGCACCAGUCGCUGUUCGAUCGGCUUCAUCAUGUACCACCUCCUGGGUACUUGGCUACUUCCUUGCAUCAACUGGUGGCUGCGGACAAGCUGUGGCUGCUCGUCGCGGAGGACACCCGGGCGAAGCUCACGGAGAUGGACCCCGACCAGCCGGCCCUGAGACUAUGCGAGUCUCACAUGAACUACUACACGGACCAUCCGGACGUCCUCUUCCAUCUGAUGCCGCUCAAGGCGGGAGGAGCGACGGGCAGCGGUAAGCAACCUCCUUCUGAUCAGCCAGGUCGGUCGCGCAAUGCUCGCCGCCAGAACCGGAGUCAAGGCUCCAAGAUGACCCAGCAGGCCCACACCAAGAAGACGGACAAUCCGGGCUACUCUCCCAUCGUGGUCCCAGAAGGCUGUACCAUCGUAUUCAAUGGCGGCAAGCCCAUUUGCAAGAAGUUCAAUGUGGGACGAUGCAAGGCGAAGACGGCCAAAGGGGGCCGAUGCUCCAAUGGCUUCCACGUCUGCUGGAAAGAAGGUCACCAGACCGGAGAUCUGGUGACCGAGCAGACCGUGGUGACAUCCCCAGAAGAAUUCGCAAGUGCAUUGAUAGCGCAGGACGACCUGUCCUACGACAGUCUUCGCCGUCUUUUCUCCCUUUUGCCGCUUGAACCCCCGGCCAGGGGCGUGGGUAUCGGGAAGUCAGGCUCCUUCACUACGGGUGCCUACUCCUUCGGCGGCGAGGUUGGACUUCGCCGCAAUCUUUCCUCCUUCCCGAUUACCUCGUCACUCCUCGCCAGGCAUGUCAAGGCCAUUUCUCCGUCUUUCUCCUUCACGAGUGUGGCGCUCUUUCGCAAUUUGAAAACUCCUUGUCAUCGAGAUGCCAAUAACUUCCCCGACUCCUAUAACCUGGUUGCCCCCGCGGCUCACUUCGAGAAUGGUGCGAUCUGGUGUGAAGAUGAUGGAGGAGAUCAUCUUCUUCAUUGCGAUGGAGUACCUUGUCGAGGACGUCUUCUGGAUGUGGCGCGAGGACCCGUUCUACUCCCGGCAGCGUCUUCCAGGCAUUGCACUUUGGAUUGGACGGGCGACCGCCUUGUAUUGGUCGCGUUCUCCAUCCGCGAGGCCUUGGAGUUACCCGUGGAAUUUCAAGAUCGUCUCCGGCAACUUCAUUUCACUCUCCCGGUCCUUCGUCCUCCUCUCAUGGUUGAGAUCUGCUCCGGAUGGGGCUCCUUGUCUGCGGCCUUUCGAGACCGAGGAUUCCCCACUAUGGCCAUUGACCGCCCAGGCAACGAGCUUUUGAUGGGAGCCUUGAACGAUGCUGUGCUCGUGGGCCAUGUUCAUCUGGGGGUCCCUUGUGGACCCUCUCGAGACCGUGUUCGCGCUGCUAAUGAGCUGUAUCGCUUCGCGCUGACGGUCGUUAUGUGGGCUUACCAGCAUGGAGUACCGGUGACCAUCGAGAACCCUUCGCGUAGCUGGCUUUGGCCAGCCCUUGAGUGCCUCGUCAAGAGCAUGACCGCCAAAUGCGGACCAGACUUGCGAAGGGCCUGGAAGUCUUUACGCUACUUUGAUCUGGAUGCUUGCAUGUUUGGGGGUAAGCGUAAAAAGCGCACGAGGUUGGCGUCUUCCUUUGAUCUCUCUUCGAUGGCCCGCUCUUGUGACGGACAACAUGACCACUUGCCUUGGUCCAUCACUGAGGUCAACCAGAAGCUCUCCUUUGCUACCGCCGAGGAUGCCCAGUACCCCUCGCUCUUUUGCCAGACCUUCGCGGACCUCUUUGUGGUGCAUUGGGAGAGCUCCGGUCUGCUGCUUCCCCCGCCCGGUAACUUCGGCUCGCUCUCCGGAAAGUCGCGAGCUGCCCCUCCUCUCAUUCCGCAAUUUCGUGAGGUCCUCGAGGCGAAGCAAAUCAAGCAUCCCAUGAAUCCAGAUCAGGCUCUGAGUGAAACCGUCAAGGAGGCUCUCUUCCACAACCUCACGCUGCACCCCGUGGAGGUUGCCAAAUCUCGCAUUCAAGCCGUGAUAACCAUCAAACAGAUGGCGGAAGAACUUGAAGACCGUGAGAAGGACUUCAAGGAGAAAUUGGACCCAGUAGUGUCCGCAAUCCUCAAACCCAAGCGGCUUCUGUUGUGGAAGAGUCUGUUGUCGGCUGCAGAGUACGACGAAAUGGGCAUCGUGGAUCUGGUGGCCUCUGGGAUUCCAUUGACGGGCUCGCAUGGGGCGGUCCCAGCUCUUCCGGAGAAGCUGGUGCCAGCCACUGACUCGCAUGCAUCGCUCUUGGCGUCAGCGCCACUGCGGACACUUGCCAUAAUUUCACGAAAGAAGGAAACCUCCGAAAAGGAGCAGGCAGACCUGACUGAGGCAGCGGAUGCCGAGGUGAAACGCGGGGAGAUCGAGGGCCCCUUCUCAGAGGACCAAAUCUCUGAGCACUUUGGAUCGUCCGCGUGGCUCCUGAAUCCGAGGUUCGCGCUAUAUCAGGGCGCAAAGCUCAAGCUGAGAGUGAUAGAUGAUGCCAGGCAAUCUGGCCUCAACGAAGCCUAUCAAAGGACCUGUGCGAUCGUUGAUGGUACCUUCCAGGGCACGGAAGUUCACGAAAUGGUCAGGCUCAGCAGUGGUUGGGGAGGCGCAUCCUGGGUUUACUACCGCUGCAAUGUCCUACCUUUUGGUGCCCGGGCUUCCGUGUUCUCACUCCUGAGGGUGUCGAGAAGCCUACACUUCAUCAUGGCCAAGUACCUAAGGGCUCUGAACACGGUCUUCUUUGACGACUACCCCAUGGUGACCACGGGGAGCGGAUCCCAAAUCCUUCUGAAGUCCGCGUCGUCGGUGCUCAAUCUUUUGGGUUGGGCCCAUGCGGAGGAAGGGGAGAAAGCCCCUGGCUUCCAGCAAGAGUUCGUGGCUCUAGGAGUGCAGAUAUCCUUGCACAACCUCGGGCAGGGGAAGUUCACCAUCAGGAACAAGCCGGGGAGGAUGGAAAAGCUCGUCACCAUGAUUCAGGAAGCAGCGACUAAUCCGGAGGUGGCGCAGUCGCUUCCGGAGCUGCACGGCCACUUGAAUUUCGCCUCGGGAUUCUUCUACAACAAGGGUUUGAAGUUCGUCUCGAAAGCCCUGAACAAGGCGUCCUCUGACCCUGCCUCGGAGGUUUUCCAAGGCAUCUCGGGCCCCCCACUCCUCGUAUUCACGGACGGGGCGUGGGAGCUCAUUCAUUCAUGGCUCCGCGAUGCGGGAGAGCAGAUCAUAUGUCAGAUAGAGAUGUGGGCUUUCUUAGCUCUGAGGGUGGCCAUGUGCGAGCGCUUUCAUGCUGUGCCUGUAGUAGCUUGGAUAGACAAUGAGGCGGCCAGGUAUGCCCUCAUGAAGGGGACGGCCGAUUCUGUCUCGCUCAGGGGCGGUCUUGUGCAGGCAUGUUUCGAGUACGGUGCUGAACCAUUCCAAUUGCCAGAUGUGUCAGAACUGGUCCAGAAGAAUGUCGUUUCUGCUUCGGCUGCCCUCGAGGACAGCCUAGAGACCCGCCGACAACUCCGCAGAGAUCUGCGCAUGGAACGUGCUCAAAGGAAACGCAUGGAGAGAGAGCUGGGCUCCCUCCGCGGCGAGCUGGCCAAGUGCGAGAGCAUCGUCGAACAGCUCAUGGAGGAGAUCGAGGAUCGAGGCAGAGGAGCUGAGCCGACACAGUCGGAGCUGACGCGCGCGGAAGCGCGGGCCAUCAUCGAAG